AUGGCGACGUUUCUCAUGAACUCGAUGGAACCGGUGAUAUUGCGUUGUUCUUAUCAACUAAUCGCAAGGUUUUACCAUAUAACUACAGUUGGCACUUGCAGACCUCAGAAAUUUCGUACAACUUUCAAGGAUAGAAAUUUUUUUGUGUUCACAAUACCUUACAGAAAACAUUGUGUUCAGAAUGCUUGUCCUACCCUAAAUCACUUUGGUAAUCGAAUCAGUUUCAGUCGUUACAGGAAAGUUGAAACUUAA